ACACUGAUUUUGAAUAGAGCGGUUUGGUAAACUGGUGAUUAAAGUUUAUUAAUUUGGUGUUUGUAGAAUAUAGUAUAGAUAGCGUGUUGUGUAUACUGUUAGAAUACAAGAUAAGCGUCUUAUGACAUAGGAUAUCAUGGAGCGGGAAGAACUUUUACUUCAUGGAAAAUCGAAGAUAGGAACUUUAAAUUUUCAUGAUGACGACGACGAUGUUGAGCUCUUCAGUCACAGAAGAACAACAAACCAGAGACGUAUGUUAGAAUGCUGUACGAGUCUUCUGGUUUUUCUGUGUUUAACACUGCUCGCCACUAGCAUCAUUUUCGGGGUCCGGUAUUUGAGCGUUAAACAUUCAUUAUAUGUACUGGAACAAGAACAUUCUCAGCAACAGCAAGUAAAACCAAUAGAGCAUUCUUCUUCGACUGAUAGCGAUGAUGACGUAAUCCAGCAGUUGCAAAAUCGCAUUUCCGACCUUGAAAGCGAACUUGCGAACUGUAGGAAUGAAAUUCAAAAUCAUGAAACAUCUGAGAUAAAUGAGGAGACGUCCUCCAUAGGAAAUACGCCAGCAGCCCAGCGACUUGGCGAUGACGGAAAUCAAAAACCUUGCCUUCCACAAAAUAAUGAAGGGAACUCGGCAUCGUUUCUUAAAGUUCAUAGAUAUGGUCUACUGUUACCUAUCAUGACAGUGUUGCUGCAGUAUUUGAUGACAACAACAACAAGAUGAUAUUGACAAACGUCGAUUAUAAUUUUCCAUCGUAGAAUAGGCCUCGUCGCCUUGUUAUCAUAUUUCUUUUAUAUUUUUACUAGUUCAUACGUUGUAUUGCAUGCUUAUAGCAAAAAAUAAAGAGUCAGGCCCAUAUUG